AGGCGGAAAGAUUGACUUCCGUGUUUUUGCUUUAGUUUCGGUGUCUUCUCCUUCAUUAUGGGUGCGUGUAUGGCCUUGUGCUCGCUGGCGAGCUGCGCGUCCUGUCUGUGCGGCUCUGCGCCCUGUCUUUUAUCAGGAUGCUGUCCUUCUACAUACAACUCCACUGUGACCCGCCUGGCCUUCUCCUUCUUCCUGCUGCUGGGCACUAUAGUGUCCAUCAUCAUGAUCCUGCCCGGCAUGGAGACACAGCUCAAGAAGAUCCCUGGUUUUUGUGAAGGAGGCUCUUCUAUACCUGGAUUUGAAGGGAAGGUGAACUGUGAGAUCAUUGUUGGCUAUAAGUCGGUCUACAGGAUGUGCUUUGCCAUGGCCUGUUUCUUCUUCCUCUUCUCCAUCAUCAUGAUCCGUGUGAGAAGCAGCAAGGAUCCACGAGCCACGAUUCAAAACGGUUUCUGGUUCUUCAAGUUCUUGAUUCUGGUCGCUCUCACAGUGGGAGCUUUCUUCAUUCCAGAUGGGGCUUUCAACACAGUGUGGUACUACUUCGGUGUGGUCGGGUCCUUCGUCUUCAUUCUGAUCCAGCUCAUUCUGCUGGUGGAUUUCGCUCACACCUGGAACCAGAGGUGGGUGGAGAACGCAGAGAACGGGAACAGCAAAUGCUGGUAUGCAGCCCUGCUCUCAUUCACACUGGUGCACUAUAUCUGUGCGUUUGCUGCUGUGGUUUUGUUCUAUGUAUUCUACACACAGCCGGAUGACUGCGCCGAGCACAAAGCCUUCAUCAGCCUCAACCUCAUCUUCUGCAUCAUUGUGUCUGUGGUGGCCGUUCUUCCAAAAGUGCAGGAGGCUCAGCCGAGCUCUGGUCUGCUCCAGGCGUCUCUCAUCUCUCUCUACACCAUGUAUCUCACAUGGUCUGCGAUGAGCAACAACCCCAAUCGUAAGUGUAACCCGAGUCUGUUGAGUCUGGUCAGCGGCGGGCCGACAGCAGUCACUCCCACCAGCGCCCCCGGCAUCCAGACGCAGUGGUGGGAUGCCCAGAGCAUUGUGGGGCUGGUCAUCUUCCUCCUGUGCACACUGUAUGCCAGCAUUCGCUCCUCAAACAACAGUCAGGUGAAUAAGCUGAUGCAGACAGAGGAAGUUCAGGGGCUGGCGGCCGCCGAUGCCAGCGAGGGCGUCUCUGAGGACGGCGUGAGGCGCGCCCUGGAUAACGAAGAGGACGGCGUCACAUACAGCUACUCCUUCUUCCAUUUCUCCCUCUUCCUGGCCUCCCUCUACAUCAUGAUGACCCUGACCAACUGGUACCAACCCGAAACGGACUACGCAGCCAUGAAAACCAGCAUGCCGUCUGUGUGGGUGAAGAUCUGCUCGAGUUGGCUGGGACUGGUGCUGUACCUCUGGACCCUGGUGGCUCCACUAAUCCUGACCGACAGAGACUUUGACUAAACACGCAGAAGAUUCAAAAAGUGGCCUUAUACUGAAGCAAUACACCUUAUGCCAAACCAUAUGCAGAGUUCACUUAUUUAGUACAUUACAGAAGUUAUUGUUAAUCUUUAAGAUGCGCUGAGCUCUUGAGCUAUGCACACUUGUUAACCUUCAUGACGCUUUUCAUACACUUCUGUUGUUACAAAAUCAUAAACUGUUAACAAAUAUCCUCAAAUCUACCCUCAGAAAGCCUGUCUUAGGUGAUUAUUCAUAUAGGUAAUGUUGCAUAAAUGGGACGCUUGAUCUUGAAUUCUUUGAAUUUUUAUGUAUACUUCAAUUCACAUAUGUACACUGUUUUAACAUCCAUUUCUGGAGAAGUCUUUUAUAUUUGUCUUGGGUCCAGUUUUGUUACAAAUUGCACUACAUUUGAUCGAAUCAAAGUUGAGUGUUCAGUGGAUUGCCAGAUUGCCUCAUACGUAUCAAGAUGCUUAUUUUGAGAAAGAUGCGUUUAUGUAGAGCUGUAUCCGUUUAGUUUUGAAGCAUUAUUUUAUGAGCUUUAAGAUGACACUCCUCCCGACCAAAAGUGUUUAGCUCUGUUCUUUUGUAUUUGUACUUUUAUUCAAUCUUGUAAAACUGAUUAUUAAAAAUUGUACACAAGA